AUGCUCUACAUGGUCUCUCCGCUCUACUCCUUCGACCUCGAAGUCGCCAUCGACGCACAGAACGUUUCAUUCCCCGUUUCCCCUUUUCCCCAGUACCUCUCCAUCGAUCAAAUCCGCGUCAUCACCUACCAAAUCCUUCUCGGUCUUCGCUACAUCCAUUCCGCGGGCGUUUUCCCCGGUUUCCCCUUUUCCCUAGUUCAUCCACCGCGACAUCAAGCCCGGGAACAUUCUCCUCACGUCCUCCGGCGACGUCGCGGUACACAAAAACACAAUCUUUCAUGGCGUGUAGCUCUGCGACUUCGGCUUGGCGCGUUCCAACGCGAUCAACCUCACUUCCUACGUCGUGACCCGCGAUUAUCGCCCUCCCGAGCUGCUCGUGGAAAACGAGGUACCAGGAUCGAUAUUUGGUCCUGCGGCGUCGUUCUCGCCGAAAUGCUCCACGGAUCCUCCUUUUUCCAGGUCAUUCCCGCGGGUAGCGGUCACUCCCAGGCUCCGAACGCGGACAAAUUGAUGGACCUGAUCCUCAGCUUCUUCGGCAGGCCGACGGAGGAAGAUCUGGAAAUGAUCGAAAAAGCGGAAGUUCGCGAGUUUGUGAGGCGAAAACGCGUCGAAGAACGGCCGUUUUUGCAGUGCAUCUCGAGAGCGGUGCCCGCGGAUGCGGCGGAUUUGAUGCUGAAGAUGCUGACGUUUAAUCCGGCGAAGCGGAUUAGUGCGGCGGUGGAGGAAGGGAUGAUGAUGAUGAUGAUUCUGCGGGAUGAGAUCGUGCCGAAUGCGUGCGAGGAACGGUUUGAUGCGGAGUGGGAGGCGAGACUGAUGAGCUUCCGGACGAUGGACGAUGUGGUAAAUGGCUUCAUCGAGGAGCAGCAGUAUUAUCCGCUGACGCCGUGUAAAUAUGUGAAACAGUGUGUUGUUUGUUAG